AUUCGUGCUCUGGCAGAAGCGUCACAUCCACUACAGCUCUCUCAGCAGCAGCAGCUCGGGAGCAGCACCUCACAACAUGAAGACUUUCAUCCUAUCCUGUGUCGUCCUGCUGGCGGUGGUUGCUUCCGCCGAGGAGAAGCACCACAAGAAGCGCGCCCUGUCUGGGUUCAGCUUCGGCACCCAGGUCGACUCCAACUCCGGAUCCGGCUACAACUCAGGCGUCAAGUCCCGCGGCUACAACUCUGUUUCCAACUUCGGAAACGGACUUGGCUACGGCUCCGGAUCUGCUAGCUUCGGAUCUGGACUCGGCUACAGCUCUGGUGCUAACUACGGCUCCGGAUCUUCUAGCUUCGGAUCAGACCUCGGCUACUCCUCUGGUGCCAACUACGGCUCCGGAUCUGCUAGCUUCGGUUCUGGACUCGGCUACAGCUCUGGUGCCAACUACGGCUCCGGAUCUGCUAACUUCGGUUCUGGACUCGGCUACAGCUCUGGUGCCAACUACGGUUCCGGAUCUGCCACUUUCGGAUCCGGACUCGGCUACAACUCCGGUGCCAACUACGGCUCCGGCUCUGCUAGCUUCAAGUCCGGUCUCGACUUCAGCUCCGGCGCAAGCUACGGAUCUGGCGCCAGCUACGGCUCUGGCUACAGCGGCGCUGCCCUGGACUCCGUCUCCGUUACCGCUGCUGCUGCACCCGCCAUCGCCCUCCCCGCCCCCCACAUCGUGUCCGAGCACCACCACACAGACAUCGUGAGGAAGAUCGCCACCCCCUACGCCAAGCCCUACACCGUCACCGUGGAGAGGAAGAUCCCCGUUGAGCAGCCCUACCCCGUGCCCUACAAGGUCGACAAGCCCUACCCCGUCGAGGUACCCGUGCCCCAGCCCUACAACGUCGACAAGCCCUACCCCGUGCACGUCGACAAGCCAUACGAGGUGAAGGUUGCCCAGCCCGUGCCCGUUGCCGUCCACGAGAACGUCCCCGUGCCCGUCCACACCCCCGUGGCCGUGCCCGUCGUCAACAAGGUUGCCGUGCCUGUGCCCCACCCCGUGCACGUGCCCAUCAUCGCCCACAGCCCUCCCAUCAUCGCCCACAGCGCCCCCGUGAUCGCCUCCGCCCCUGCCAUCUCCUACAGCGCUGCCCCCGCUCUGUCUCUUGGCUCCACCAGCUCCUUCGGCUCCUUCGGCUCCUACGGUGACGCUUCCCUUGGUUCCUUCGGUGGCGCUUCCCUCGGCUCCUACGGUGGCGCUUCCCUCGGCUCCUUCGGCGGUGCUUCCCUUGGCUCCUUCGGUGGUGCCUCCCUCGGCAGCGGCUCUCUGGGUUACAGCAGCCUUGGCAGCGGCUCUCUGGGUUACAGCAGCCUUGGCAGCUACGGCGGCGCAUAUGGCUAUGGCAGCUCUCUUGGCAGCUCCCUCGGCAGCUCUUUCGGCAGCUCUCUCGGCAGCUCCUUCGGCAGCUCCCUCGGUAGCUCCUUCGGUGGCUCCUUCGGCAGCACUCUCCCCAUUCGCAAGCGCUAAACCGGCCCUUGCCAGACAUCUUUCGUGGACCUUCAAGAUCUAGAACCAUCGUGCAUCAUCACCAUGCUACAGGAUAGUCGUUAGUCAAAAGUGUUUGUGAUAAAACUGUUUAAAUAAAAUCUUCAUGAAA